GCUUCUUCAUUCUCUGCAUCUUUUUCUGUUUAAUUUCUUCUCCAUUUCCUGAUCUCUUCACACAGUCCUUCCCUUCUUUCCCAUUUUUCACUUCCACACAUCUUGUUCGUCUUUGUCGUUGUUAGAAAGACACAAAGCAAAAAGGCAGACAGAAAAUAUCCUUGUUUCAGGAUGAUGCAAGAUGUGUGGAACGCAUCACCAGGUUUUAGGCCCACGAAGUCGGCUCCUUCUUCUCCUGCAAAGCCUCUUGGGAUGUUAAGAACUCGAUCUGAGUCAUUUCACGCCAUCCACAAAGUCCCAGUUGGGGACACUCCUUAUGUCAGAGCCAAAAAUGUUCAAUUGGUGGAAAAAGAUCCAGAGAGGGCAAUUCCUCUGUUCUGGGCAGCCAUCAAUGCUGGAGACAGAGUAGAUAGUGCCUUGAAAGACAUGGCUAUUGUGAUGAAACAACAAAAUCGAUCCGAGGAGGCCAUUGAAGCUAUCAAGUCACUGCGUAAUAGAUGCUCGGAUCAAGCACAGGAGUCUCUUGAUAAUAUUCUUCUGGAUCUUUAUAAGAGAUGUGGAAGAUUGGAUGACCAAAUAGCAUUAUUGAAACACAAGCUGUUUUUGAUUCAGCAAGGACUGGCUUUUAAUGGGAAACGCACAAAGACAGCCCGGUCUCAGGGAAAGAAAUUUCAGGUCUCAGUGGAACAAGAAGCUACUAGGUUACUGGGGAACUUGGGAUGGGCGUUGAUGCAGCAGAACAACUACAUUGAGGCAGAAGAUGCAUACCGCAGGGCACUUUCCAUUGCCCCAGACAAUAACAAGAUGUGUAAUCUUGGCAUCUGCUUGAUGAAGCAAGGGCGAAUAGCCGAGGCCAAAGAAACCCUCCGGAGAGUAAAACCGGCGAUUGCAGAUGGACCGAGGGGAGUGGAUUCCCAUCUCAAGGCCUACGAGAGGGCACAGCAGAUGCUCAAGGACCUUGAAUCCGAGAUGAUGAACAAGGGAGGAGAUAGGGUAGAGCAGAGUAGGCUCUUUGAUGCCUUCCUUGGUUCUUCAUCCAUUUGGCAGCCCCAACCCUGCAAGGAUCAUAACUCUAUGCGAACGUCAAAUGCAGGCAAAUCUCAGGAUGAAUUUACUGAUGAGAAUGUUGAUGCUAACAUUGCUGCAAACCAGUUGAUGGUUCCUCAACAAAAAAUUGUGAAGCAGUUUACUCCUUUUGGGAAUUCUUUGAAUAUUGAUGCACCACCAUUCUAUUCAUCAAAUUUUCAUGACACCCUCAAGAGAUCAAGGUCUGGAAAUGCUGCAAGUUCUAUGAGAGUGACUGAAAUGGGUGAUUACUCGAAGCCUUUCCCUGCAGAACUGGAAAAACCAGAAAUUAAGACAAGAAGGCUUUCUCAAUCACCUGAGGACACAGGAGACAAGUUGGCAGACUUGUUGCCAGACAGCAGGGACUUUGAAGAAGCUAUCAUUGCUGCAGUACUUGGAGCAGGCAGCAAUGAAGCAAGGAAAGGGGUGGAUACCACCAACACCACGGGAUUCUUUCACAAGAAAGUUGACCAGCGGCUUAGGGUUUUUCAGGACAUUACACUCUCUUUGAGUCCUAAAGCCUGACUUAAUCAAUAAUCCCUUAUUUAAUUUCAUUAAUCCUGGAGCCUGACUUGGGAGAUGAACUUGUUCUCCUCAUGCUCCUCCAGAGAUAGCAGUCUAAAACUAUCUACCUGUAACCAUUAGGCACUCCACUAUUUGUUUAGGCACAUUUAACUUAAUAAUCAUGUGUCUUAACC